AUGUGGCCGCGGUUUCGGCUGCGGUCGGCGUCGUGCGCGAGGCGUGUCCGCGCUUCAUCGAUCGCAGCCUCCGACGCUCCUCGACGACGUCUACCCCCGGAACCCACCCCCUCUUGCCCCCCACACCGCGCCUGUUAUCGCCCCGACCGACUGCAUUUACCACCCGCCACCCUCAUCAUAUACCGAGCCGUCUGGAAACCUGACGUUACCAUAUUUUCAAACCCUGCAAAACUCAUUGUUGUUUCCAACGGAAGCGCCGGGAUAUAA